AUGAGUGAAAAACUAAAGGAGUUGCGUGAGAGAUCACAAAAAAGAAAGAAAUUGUUAGCACAGACUCUUGGUGUAUCGAGUGUAAGCGAGCUGAGGCACGCUUUAGGUACCACUUCCGAUGUUCCGCCUAAGAAACAGGCGAUUGCAGAGAUCAGUACCGAAGGUUCAGAAAAACCCACCACUAAGGAACAACCGGAUGGAUUGGUGUACACGGAUUCUUCAACAUUUUUAAAAGGCACUCAAUCAUCAAACCCCCACAAUGACUACUGCCAGCACUUCGUUGACACAGGCCAGAGGCCGCAGAACUUCAUUCGGGAUGUGGGUCUUGCUGAUCGCUUUGAGGAGUAUCCAAAGUUGCGGGAGCUGAUCAAAUUGAAAGAUGAUUUAAUUGCUCAGACUGCCACACCUCCGAUGUACUUGAAAUGUGAUUUGAAGACAUUUGACCUUAAACAAAUGGGCAAUAAGUUCGAUGUCUUGCUUGUGGAGCCGCCCCUGGGCUCGGGCUGGCGCUGGCAGGACGUGCUGGCUCUUGACCUGCAGCAGCUGGCACAAGCACGCUCCUUCAUAUUCUUAUGGUGCGGCUCUUCUGAAGGCUUGGACAUGGGCAGAGAAUGUCUCAAGAAGUGGGGUUUCCGCCGCUGUGAGGACAUAUGCUGGAUAAAAACCAACAUUAAGAACCCUGGCCAUUCCAAGAACCUAGAGCACAAUGCUGUGUUUCAACGAACUAAGGAACAUUGUCUCAUGGGUAUCAAAGGGACCGUCCGAAGAUCUGUGGAUGGAGAUUUUAUUCAUGCCAACGUAGAUAUAGAUCUGAUCAUAUCUGAAGACCCAGAAUUUGGAAGUACCGAGAAGCCGAUUGAGAUAUUUCAUAUCAUGGAGCACUUUUGUUUGGGAAGAAGAAGAGUCCACUUAUUCGGCCGUGAUUCCACGAUACGUCCGGGCUGGGUGACUAUCGGUCACGAACUCACAAACUCCAACUUUAAUGCAGAACUAUACGCCUCCUACUUCAGUGAGGGUCGAGAGAGUACCGGUUGCACUGAACGGAUAGAAGCGUUGCGCCCUAAGAGCCCUCCUAACACUAGCAAGGGACAGCGGUCCAGGGGGCGAGGUGGUUUCAGGGGGAGAGGAAGAGGUCGGGGUGCUAUUUAG